UUAUCAAAUUAUCCACAACUUCUUUGUUAGUGUCAUACCCUCAUGAUGAAGAACAUGUCAUAGAUAUGGAUGGAAUAGUGAUAGAUACCAACACUACAGUCAUCAAUAAUUGUUAAGAGCAAAACUGGACUUUGCUUCUUCCUCACAAGUCCUUUUGUUCAAACUGAUUUUGGCAAGUCCUUUUUAGUCUUUUUUUUCUUAUAAAUAAGUCUCAUUGAUUUUUUAACUAUUGUUAUUACUGAAAAUGGUGAGAGCAGAGUUGAUCUUUAUCCCAGCUCCUGGAAUUGGUCAUCUGGUAUCUGCAGUGGAGGUUGCAAAGCUCCUGGUUCGUCGCGAUGAGCGUAUCUCCAUCAGCAUCCUGUUGUUAAAAUUGCCUUUUCAUGCAGGGGUUGCUGCUUUUACUGAGAACCUUAAGAAGGAUGCUCCAGACUGUAUAGACUUUGUAGACAUCCCUGCAGUAGAUGAGUCCAUUAUGACAGACCUCAUGUCUCUGCCACAUAACUCUUUCCUUGAGUCCUUCGUCUCGAGCCAGCGGGCUCAGGUGACAGAUGUGGUUGCAACAAUUUUGAAAAGAUCAGAGGCUACUAAGCUAGGUGGAUUUGUGCUUGACAUGUUCUGCACUCCUAUGAUAGAAGCGGCUAAUGAGUUUAAUGUGCCAGCCUAUGUGUUUUUCACUUCUGGUGCUUCUUUUCUUGGAUUCAUUUUUUAUGCUCAAUUUCUCAAAGAUAGCAAAGGCCAGGACAUUUCUGAGUUCAAGGACUCUGGCGUGGAGCUCUCUGUACCGGCUUUCUCAAUUCCAGUUCCCGAUAAGGUUUUUCCUUCGGUGAUGCUAAGCGAGGGGGGAUCUUCCAGAAUGAGUAUUGUAGCGAGAAGACUACGUGAGGUGAAAGCUAUUUUAAUCAAUUCUGUAUUAGAACUGGAAACUCAUGCUUUUAAGUCCCUUGCAGAUGAUGAGGACAUCCCGCUUAUCUACCCUGUUGGGCCUAUAAUAAAUCUUGAAAGAGGUGAGCCAACACCGCGGAACAGAGAAUCUGAUGAGGCUAUUAUGAGCUGGUUGGACAGCCAACCAUGUUCAUCUGUGGUAUUUUUGUGCUUUGGGAGUAUGGGAAGUUUUUCUGAAGACCAAGUAAUGGAGAUUGCAUGUGCUUUGGAGCUCAGUGGUAAGCGUUUCUUGUGGUCUCUACGAUGCCCAUUGAAAGAUAAUAAAAAGAUGGAACUGCCAAAAGAUUAUGAGGAUUAUGUUGAGGUGUUGCCAGAAGGAUUCCUGGAGCGGACAUCAGGAAUAGGGAAAGUUAUUGGAUGGGCGCCACAGGUGAAAAUCCUUUCUCAUCCAGCAGUUGGAGGAUUUGUGUCGCAUUGUGGGUGGAACUCUACGCUGGAGAGUUUAUGGUGUGGUGUGCCAAUAGCUGCGUGGCCAGUCUAUUCUGAACAGCAAACUAAUGCAUUUCAGCUAGUAAAAGAGUUGGGACUGGCAAUAGAAAUUAAGUUGGAUUAUCAUAAAGACAUUGUAACAAAUGAAGCAUCGGUACUAGUGACAGCAGAAGAAAUAGAAAGGGGUAUAAGAUGUCUAAUGGAGGAAGAAGGUGAAGUGAGAAAGAAGGUGAAAAUGAUGAAAGCCAUAUGCAGAAAAGCCACUGCAGAAGGAGGCUCGUCGUACAAUUCACUUGGACACUUCAUCGAGGAUGUCCUAGAUAAUAUCAAGCAAGGGGAAUGAUCAGAACCUGUUAGGCUGAACCCUGCAUGUAAAGUGAAAAUGAAACUAUGGUUUUAUGUAAUACAAAGCAAUCUGUGUUAAUCUGGUUCUUUUUUAUUUAGAAUUUUACAGGAGGUGAAAGAAAUGCAAAUCAAGAAAACUUUGUGCUUGUAAUAUAUUUUACAAUAACAAAUUUGGAGGCUCUUCUUAA